AUGGCCUCCCCCGGAGACGCGCCCGCCGACGCCCCGCCGCAGCCCGAUGCACGCGCAGAGCAACAGCAUGAAAGCGCAGAGAAGCCGCCCGUGAAGCGGUCAUGGAGGCGCAAGUAUAGGAAGAUGCGCAUCCGCUUUGACGAGACCAUGACGACUAGCAACGACCUCAUUCUUUCGGAAUGGAGGUCUAACGCAGUUGCGCGUAGACUGCGCGAGCAAAACGACCAAAUUCUCGAUAUCCUCCUCAACAUGAACGAUAGCGCACGGCUGCCUGCGAAUCUGCGUGUAGACCUGCGAGAACAAGCCGAGAUCGAUGCCAAACCUACCAUCGAAGACCCCGAACUAAUACAUCAGCGAUUGAACAGCCUCCGGACAGAGCUCGCCAAUGGCAUCAUCACAGCAGAUGAAUACACGCGCCGUGCCGAGGACCUCCACAACUCCCAGACCAUACAGCUAUCGCGCUCGCUCGCUGGCAUGGAAGCCAAUAUACCGCACACCACAGAAGCUCCUGAACCGCCAGUAGAAGGUAUAGAUCUCUCAGAAACAGCGCCUGGUUAUAUGUCCCCCGCGCAUGAAGAAGAAUACCUCGCUCUCCUGGACCAAGCCUUCGCCGAUCCCAACGCGUUUGAUGCCCGCCCUAUCCGCAUACCCUCUAGCCAUCCUCCGCCCACCGAUAAAGAUCUAUCGGUACGAAAUCCAGAUAGUGUCUACAACUGGCUUCGAAAGCACCAACCGCAAGUGUUUCUGCAGGACAAGGACCCCACACACCCAGAAAAUAUGUCUGAGAAGGCCGCCCCAAGGGCAAAUGCAGGGGCUCGUGGAAAACGCCAGUCGGCUGCGGCAGGCACGCCAGGUCCGAAAACAGAUCACGAGGAAGAUGACGGAUUUGAUCCCGAGUCAGGUGCGGCAGGGAAAGGAGGGCGGAAGAGCAAGGGCGGUGAAAACGACUCAGCUUACAGGCCUAAGGGGGGAAGCAGUCGUGCACCCAAGCGGAAGAGGGAGGACGGAGAACCUACAGGGAAGGGCAGUAAGAGGAAACGCCAAAGCGCAGCGGGGGUCGCUGCGUGA